AUGUCAAUAUCUCAGCUACCGCCAUCUUCGGCACAUCGCCUGAGAUCCUCGCAUCAGCUUCCAGAUCCUCUUUCUGUUGUCAAAGAGCUUGUUGACAACAGCAUCGACUCGGGUGCCACUUCCAUUGAGAUCACAAUUGCGCCCAACACUGUCGACAAGAUACAAGUCCGAGACAAUGGCCGCGGAAUACAGAUUGAAGAUUUUCAAUUUCUAGGAUGCCGGUCUCAUACAAGCAAAAUCCGAAACUAUGACGAACUUCAUCAAAACGGCGGCAAAACACUAGGCUUUCGUGGCGAGGCCCUCGCCAGUGCGACUGAAACGGCGGCAAUCAAGAUCACAACUCGAACCGCACAAGAUCCAGUUGCAUCACUUCUGAUGUUGAAAGCAAAGACAGGCGGUAUUAGCAAGAAACAGCCAGUAUCUGGCACAAUCGGGACCACUGUCCAAGCUACAAACUUGUUUGAUAAAUUCACCGUCCGCAAACAGAAUGCUAUUAAGACGAGCCGAAGGUCUCUGGUUGAGAUCCAACGCCUCCUGGAAAGCUAUGCGAUAGCAAUUCCCCAUCUCAAGAUCUCAUUCAAAGUAUCCAGUCCUUCAACCCAGUCAUGGUCUUACUCUCCUUGCCCGCCAUCGAACACGCAAGAGGCCAUCACUCAGAUUUUCGGCCACACUCUUGCUGCUCAGCUUGUUGAGGUAUCGUUUGAUUCAAACGUUGAAUGUGACUCAACGGGGGUGCAACUGGGUACUUUGAGAAUCACGGCCCUUCUACCCCGACCUGGCAGCGAUGUUCAGGUCAUAAAGGGUAAGGGGGCUUUCAUCUCGGUUGACUCGCGGCCAAUUUCAUCUACAAGGAGCACUGGGAAAAAGCUGGUAUCCGUCUUCAAGUCGAGCAUUUCUAAAAUCAUUGGCUCGCCUGACAGUUCACGGGCGCCUGCAAACCCCUUUCUACAAAUCAGCAUCCAAUGUCCACCAGGCUCAUACGACCCCAAUGUGUCGCAGCUGAAGGACGAAGUGAUGUUUGACAACGAGCCAGCGGUUAUCAGUUGUUUUCAAGCUCUUUGCGACGCUAUCUACGUUAAGAAGGUUUCGGGCAGCAAAGGGAUGCAAAACAAAACUAUGCCAGCAGAGAAUAUCCAUACACCCGCAGCCGGAGCCUCGAAAGCCCCAAAAGCAAACAGAGGCGAGGGAAGAUUUCAGAACAAGACUGGGCAUGAAAGCUUAUCAUCCGACCAAGAUCUUAUCGAACCCCUUAAUGAUGAGUUCGAAAGGCUACUUGUUGGAAAUUCUGGCGCGUUUGGGAACAACGAGAGCACUAUUCCUAGCGCUUUCACCCGCUCUCCUUCGCCAAGCAAAACACGACAUCAAAUCAAUAAUGUGAUCAGCGACGCUAAUCAAAGCGAAAGAAUCCAGCAGAUGAUGAGGACGAAAUUGUGCAUCAAUCUUUCACGCAGGGACAGUGAUUCCACCGACAUCGAUGGCACAGGCGGGCUGGUUCCUGUCCAGGUAACACCCCGUCGGGCAGCCUCACCACCUAAAGAGCAAUUGUAUUCUCAUUCUCGUCGUAGGACGAUGACCCUAGGCCGCCGCUCAGAGGACAUUGGUUCUUAUUUUCACCCUGUGCAAGACAAGCCGAUCGUAAUCGCAACAGACGAAACCGCCACGCCUGAGAACACUCAACUCGGGAACAGUUUGGCGAGCCCUUCUGAGACUAAUCGUCGUGCACUGAAGGAAUUGACGCAGUCAGAGGUCAACACGUUUCAAGAGGAAGAGGAGGAGGAGGAGGAGGAUUUCAGCGACGGUGAAUCACUGGUAGAGCUCCCUCCUGCCGAGCCAGCUCUUGGACCUUCUCCUCGCACAUCUCCACGCCGUAUGGCCCCUCCCCGUAUGCCGAACAGCCCCUUCCGACCACUCACAAGGCUGCGGCAAUCCUCCAACCUUAACACGGGGCUGGAAUUGUUGCCAAAUCUACAAACUCCUCCGCCUUCAGACCCCAGACGUGUCGAUAAUUCAACUCGUCGUGAUUCGCGUCGUAACUCAGCCAACAUCUCAACCCAAGGCCAACGACCAUCUCAAAGUAGCAUGGUGUCGUCACCAAACAGAAUAGGCGACCAAGGACCGAGGCAAAGUCGCAUUCAUGUGGGAAAUGGACCGACUGCAUCCUACAACAGACGUCGAUCUGAACAAAUUGGACGUGGAAACGGAUUAGCCGGUCGCAGAAAUGCCCCGACCAGUCGCGACAGCUCGGACGCACACCUGAAGGACUGGUUACACAACGUUCACGCAAAUUCCGAAGACCAGGAAGCCUACUCGCACCCUAGGCUGUCUGUCGAGGCGCCACAGAGUCAAACACCUCUUGAUGAAGCUAGUGAACAACAGAAUGAUAUCCACUGGUCCCACUCCAUACAGGCGUUGCUGAUGAGAACACCGCCGCCACGAGACGAGAGGUCCGGUAAUGAAAUUCAGAAUGAGCAUUACCAAGUGCUGGAUCAUAGUCAAGACUCAUGUAAUGGAGACAUCAACCCGAGGCCAGCCAAACGACAACGACAUGACUCGAGCAUCACAGCUCCGACAGACGAAGAGCCAGACCCUAGACACCUUCUCAUCAAAAGACAACGCAUCCGUACAGGAGGAGGACAGCUGAAACGUGUUGCGUCGAAGAAGCUCCCGCUUGAAACAAUUCCUCAAGCCGAUCUCACUGUGAAUCUAUCCGCCAAUGCCAGGAUUCAAAUGAGCGCGCUCAUAAAUGCGGCUAUUGAAUUUAUGAGAUCAGGCCGAGCAGCUGAGCAGGAUUCUGCCAUACGGUUUGACAACAUGGCAGAAGUUGACAAAGUAGACGAGCUGUUGAGGCAUGCCACGGAAUCAUGGUUGAGCGGGGAUUCAUCAAUCGAGGUGGAGUACAUGCUGCGGUCUGGAGCGAAGGGCAAAUCGAAAGCGUGA